AUGGUGGCUCUCGCUAGCACUGCGGUGUGUUCGGUGAUUAUGCAGUAUUCCUCCAAGAAAUACAACCGCAACUUCAACUCAGAGAUGUAUGGUGGAAUCUACCGAACACUGGUCGGCGUGUUGAAUGGCAUUUUUCAGGCCAGCGAGCGAAAAUUUCAUGUCCUCGUGCAUGGCUUAUACAAAUCUGUCCAUGGGUCGAAGCGCAAGACUGACGAGCCUGGUGCCGCUAAGAGUCUCAUGUUUCUCGAUAUCGAGGGUAUGAAUUUGCUUGAUAUAAUUGGAUUGGAUUGGGAAAGCGACCUGAAAAUUCUGUUCUGA